GGCGGGGGCGGGACCAUAAUAUCUAGACCAUCUACAGAGUUGGUAAACAUCGCUGCUGAAGCUCGUGGCUCCAGAAGAGCGGUUCCACUGAGGGGAGAAAGCGGGAGAGACUAGCCUCGUAUCCAUAAACACUGGAGGAGGUGUGAGGGAGCGUGCACCAUGGCAGGCGACAUGCUGUUGCUAAUGAGAGGCUUGGCCAAACUGAGUCAGGCUGUGAUUGAAACCCAGGCCAGCAUGCUGCGAAGCGGAGGGGUUGUAGCCCAAAAUAUGCAGAUGACAGCUGAGCAGGGCAUGAGUGUAGCCAUGCAGAAGAUACAGGAGUUUACAAGCCAGCAGCAGAGUGUGACAGACUUCAGCACAGAUAUGGACAAUGAGUAUGAUUUUUCUGGCAAGGAGCACAGCUUUGAGGGUAUGGAACAUGAAGACACAGCUGACAGUGCUCUCAGGGAUGCUAACACGGGUACGACCAGAAUGUACAGCCAGUCCACAGGCAAAUCUAAUCUUUUUGAGGGCUACAAGGACCCGACCAAGCAAUUCACUGGGACACGAUCCUAUCACCAGGAACACACUUCUGUUGGGGGCCUGACUGCUGAGGACAUUGACAAAGCCAGAGAUGCUAAGCGAAGUGGCAGCAAACCCCAUAAACAAAUGCUAAGCGAAAGAGCAAGGGAGCGGAAGGUUCCUGUAACACGGCUGGGCAGGCUGGCAAAUUUUGGAGGACUGGCUGUUGGUCUAGGCAUUGGCGCAUUAGCUGAGGUAGCAAAGAAAAGCCUUCGCUCAGAGGACAACAAUGGAGACAGAAAGGCUGUCCUAGAUUCCAGCCCCUUUUUGUCUGAGGCCAACGCGGAGCGCAUUGUGAGGACGUUGUGCAAAGUACGUGGAGCAGCCCUUAAACUUGGCCAAAUGCUCAGCAUUCAAGAUGAUGCCUUCAUCAAUCCUCAGCUAGCUAAGAUCUUUGAGCGUGUCCGUCAGAGUGCAGAUUUCAUGCCGAUCAAACAGAUGACGAAAGCUCUUAACAAUGACCUGGGCCCAAACUGGAAAGACAAACUGGAAAUGUUUGAGGAGAGGCCUUUUGCUGCAGCCUCUAUUGGUCAGGUGCAUCUAGCCAGGAUGAAGGAUGGCCGAGAGGUGGCUAUGAAGAUCCAGUACCCUGGAGUUGCACAGAGCAUCAACAGUGAUGUAAACAACCUGAUGACUGUUCUUAGCAUGAGCAAUGCUCUACCUGAAGGUCUGUUCCCAGAGCACUUGAUAGACGUGAUGCGUCGAGAGCUGGCUCUGGAGUGUGACUAUAUAAGGGAGGCCAAGUGUGCCCGUAAAUUCAAGGAGCUUCUGAAUGGACACCCUUUCUUCUACGUGCCUGGCGUGAUCGAUGAGCUGAGUAGCCAGCACGUCCUCACAACUGAGCUGGUGGCCGGAUUCCCUCUAGACCAAGCAGAGGGCCUCUCUCAGGAGCUUAAAAAUGAGAUCUGUGAGAACAUCCUGACUCUGUGUUUAAGAGAGCUCUUUGAGUUUCGGUACAUGCAGACCGAUCCCAACUGGUCCAACUUCUUCUAUGACCCCCAAACCCACAAAGUUGCACUGUUGGAUUUUGGCGCAACGCGAGGCUUUGAUGAGAGCUUCACCGAUGUGUAUAUAGAGGUUAUCAAGGCUGCAGCUGAUGGAAACAGAGAGGGAGUUCUGAAGCGCUCUAUAGAUAUGAAGUUCCUUACUGGUUAUGAAUCCAAGGCGAUGGAGAAUGCACAUGUGGAUGCGGUGAUGAUCCUGGGUGAGGCCUUUGCUUCACGUGAACCAUUUGACUUUGGAGCUCAGAGUACCACUGAACGCAUCCACAACCUGAUUCCUGUGAUGCUGAAGCAGCGUCUGACGCCACCACCCGAGGAGACCUAUUCACUGCAUCGCAAGAUGGGCGGUUCCUUCCUCAUCUGCUCGCGUCUCAACGCUAAGCUUUGCUGUAAUAACAUGUUUCAGCAGGCCUACAGCAACUACUGGAGUAAGAGACAAAAGGCACCAAGCCAGUGACAGACAUCAUCUGGCCAAUUGCUAGACAUCAUUUUGGGAGUUGGGCAGGGCCGACAUUAAAGCUGAUGCUGAUGUUCAUCCAGUGUCCUCGGCUCAUGAAUGUAAAAACGAACGGCACUUUCUUUCCCUCACCCCAAGCCUAAAUCAUGUCAUUUUGUUUUGCUUAAUAGGGUACAUUAUCCUUUGAUUGUGUGGCUUUUAUUUUUUGACAGCAUUUGUCAAGUUGUUGUUCAGAAGCGAGGGAGUAUUCUGUGCCUAAGAUACCUAUUGGUUGCUUCUAAUGUUGAGGAUCUAUGUUAAAGCUUUAAAGAUCAGAAAGAUUCAAACGUUUUGUGGUUCACUUUUUAUUAUCGCACAAAAAUGCAGGCCAAGCUAGGCCUGUGGAAAGGGAAAAACAUUGCUAGAAUGUUACCAACAACCCCUUUUUGGUUCUUUGCUGUCAUUUUUAGAAAGAAUUCUAGGAAGAAAAUGUUAUUUUUGUAUCCUUGAAGAUGGCUCCACAAUUUUCCAUAGAUUUGUGCAUAUACGUGUGAAUUAAGAUUUUGGACUACUGAACCAAUGUUAUUGGACUUGAACUGCAGGAUUUGCAUGAGUUUAAAACAUUUGUUCCUGACAAAUUCUGCUCCACAUUUUGUGCUGUUUUAUGGCUUGGUCUUUUUUGGAACAGCAGAAUAUUAACAGUUGCAACAUAUGAUUUAACUAUGUAUGAUUAAAUAUGUGCCUAUAGAAUUUCUAGGUGUAAGCUCCUAGGACAUAACAAUCAUGCAUUGACAUUAUAUCAGAAUUUUUGGAAAAGACCAUUUGUAAUAAUAUUUUGAUGUGUGUUACCAAAAGAUGUGAUAUUCUGGGAAAUAUUAAACAUUUUGAAACAGAAUAA